AUGUCAUCUUCUGCUUUUCGACCCCAUGGGCUCAUUAAAAGCCCAAUAGAAGAAGCCUUGUAUCACAGAGCUCAUAUUGCGAACGUCUACACUGGAAUAGCUGAUCCGAAAGAGCAUGAAACGUCCGCUCUUAUGGAGGUUAUUCUUUACAGCAAUGUCUUCACUUCCAGCGAGAACUUUAUAGUAAACUCCCAGCAGCCCCCCACAACCCAGUCCGACAAAAAGUGCGAUAUUGUCAUCAGGUAUCUUGAAAGCGGAACAAACAGAAUCAGAGUGCUUUGCUUCGCCGAAUGCAAGCGGACCAGAACAAGUCAACCGUUUAGUUUGAAAGCACUAGAGAAGCAAGCCAAAGACUACUCUAGAUUGUACCUUGACUCUGAAGAUAGCAUACUAUUCGUAUAUGUCGCUACAAUGGCUGGCGCCCAUAUUCGGCUGUGGACAUAUUGGCGUGAUAAAACCGAGUUGGCACCAUUCUGGGGUUCCCAGGAUCCUGGAAAAUGGGACCAAUACAAAGACGUCGGUGAUAACGAAGCUGGGCGAGAUAUCGAGUAUUGGUUUGGGAUAAUGAAGCAGUUUCCACCUACACCACAUGCGGGCCAGAGCAGUCUCACCUAUGGCACUUCAAGCACGGGCGAUAUGAGAUAUCAACCCCCUGCCUCGGGCUAUGGAGCCUCUGCCUCGGGGUAUCAAGCUCCCGCGUCAGGCUAUCAAACAAGCCCAUAUGCCAUACCACACCUCUCAUCGAGCAAUAUACCGACGGGCCAAUCCACCAGUACGGGUGGAGACAUGAGCCAGCCGACGGGCGGAGAGGACAAUGACAGCGAUGACUACGAUGAGGACGACCAAACGGUGGGGUACAUUGAAACACAGCAAGUCUCCUCGUCGAGCGCAGGAUCUCACUAUCACGUCGUCAAGGUGACCAAAAAAGCGCAUAGGUUCGGGAAUGAUGAGUUCAACUUCAAGGACAAGAGAGGAAAGCUGAGGUCAACUGCGCGAAAUGAUUGGAGGAAGACAACGCACAAUGGACGUGACAGUGUAGGAGGACAAAAAGGCGACGCUCAGGAAUUUCUCCAUUUUUCUUCAUACCUUCGGAAGUCCCAUUUUGGUAAUGCUCGGCCCGCUACAGUUGUAAAUACAGGAGCAUUGCGAGACACAGGAAGCGUGCCACUGCCCAAGGACUGUGGUGUGGCCGUUCAAGUAGUGUAUUAA